AUGAGCUCAAUGUCCUCAGAGCCUUUACAGUUCUUAAUGCUUCAUAUGAGCGCUGGUAUUUCUGGUGUUCAUGUUAACGAGGAAGAAGGGCAAGCACUUGAUGGCUUACUUGGGUUCAUAUCAGAGCUUUGGGAAAAAGCACCAGCAAAAAUAGCAGACCAAUUACUUAUUAUGGAUGGAACCAAAGCUCGAACCGCUGCGCAGAAGGGUACAAGUACGCACGGCCUUCAAGGAUCAGUGGAGGAGUUGUUACACAAGCUUGAGCGCUUCAAGAUACGGACUUAUGAUUUGGGAGGGGAUGUGAAGGAGGAAGAUAAGCGAUAA